UGAAACAAACAAACCCUAAGAAAUAUAAAAUGGAAUCUUACAAACCUUAAUUCUCAAGAUCCUCUCUAAUUCACUAACAAAUUCGUUUUAAUCACCAAAAAUACUCCAUAACAGCCACAAACUAAUUCUUUCAUUCGCAUAAUUCCAAUCCUCUCCCUUUCCAACCCCCUUAUUGCUUCCACUCCAAAACUUCCCUAUUGUUUAAUUUUCUUAACCUCAAUAAUUUUCCAAUUUUCAACAAAUGUGUAUAUUAUAAUAUUCAAUUUUCAAAAUUCAAGAUUUCAAUGUUGUAUUUGAUAAUAUUAGUCCAUUCCGAACGCGCCGGCGUAAUGAUGCUACUCGUAAAUUUCCUGAGUUUGUCUUUUGGACAAAUAACUUAUAAUUCAGACUCCUACUCUUUAACGCUGUAUUCCACCACUCCUCCACUUUUCUUCCUUCUUCUCUUCUCUUCAGCCGCCAUUUUUAUGCCUUUUUCGUCUUCUAACUAACUUUUUCAGACUAGUAAAGCGUAGCACAUGUGUUUCUUCCUGAAAAGAAGUGGGGUUUUGAGAAAUUUGAGGAAGGAGGUUGAUACUUGAGAAAUGAAAUUUGAACAGAAACAACAAAACUGGGUUUUCUCACCAGCAUUCGUGUUCUUCGUUAGUGCUUUCUUGCUCUUUGGUGCAAUUGCAUCACUCUAUGCCUGGCUUGUGUUCAGCCCUUUUGUCCGAACUCCUUAUCUAGUGCCCUCCCUUGGCUGCCAAGUAGACAAUGAGGGUUCUUGGUCUAUUGGUGUUUUCUAUGGCGCCUCCCCUUUCUCUCUCCAACCUAUUGAAGAUAAAAAUGUGUGGAAGAAUGAGAGUGCAGCUUGGCCUCUGGCCAAUCCAGUGAUUACCUGCGCAUCAGCUUCUGAGUCUGGCUAUCCCAGUAACUUUGUUGCGGAUCCUUUUCUCUAUAUCCAAGAAGAUGUGUUAUACAUGUUCUAUGAAACCAAAAAUUCAGUAACAAUGCAAGGAGACAUUGGUGUUUCAAGAAGCACUGAUAAGGGAGUGACAUGGGAACAGUUGGGUACAGCAUUGGAUGAAAAUUGGCAUCUUUCUUAUCCAUAUGUUUUUGAUCACAAUGGUCAAAUAUACAUGAUGCCGGAGAGUAGUGAGAAUGGAGAACUUCGACUUUACCGAGCUAUUAGCUUCCCUCUGCAGUGGAAUUUGGAGAAAGUCCUUCUGAAGAAACCACUUGUUGAUUCCUUUCUUAUCAAACAUGGUUCCAAGUAUUGGAUUUUUGGUUCAGAUCAUAGUGGUUUCGGUGCUGUAAAGAAUGGGCGGCUCGAAAUAUGGUAUAGUAAUUCACCUCUCGGGCCAUGGAAGCCCCACAAGAAAAACCCUAUCCACAACCAAGAAAAGAGCUCUGGAGCUCGAAAUGGAGGUAGACCUUUUGUAUAUGAUGGUUUUCUCUAUCGUGUUGGCCAAGAUUGUGGAGAAACAUAUGGGAAGCGAAUUCGUACUUUUAAGGUGGAAAUACUUACUGAGGAUGACUACAAAGAGGUUGAAGUACCUUCAGGCUUUAAGGAGUCCAAAAAGGGCCGCAAUGCCUGGAAUGGGGUUCGACACCACCACCUUGAUGCACAGCAGCUUGGUUCUGGGGAGUGGAUUGCAGUUAUGGAUGGGGACCGUGUGCCUUCAGGUGACUCAGUUGAUCGGUUUAUUGUUGGCUGUACAUCUGUUUUGGCUGUUGCUGCACUUGUUUUGCUGUUAGGUGUGCUUAUGGGAGCAGUAAAGUGCUUCGUCCCUCUGAAUUGGUGCCCAAAUAACUUGAGGAAGAGAAGUGAUGCUUUGUCAGGCUGGGAAAGACCAAACACUUUGUCUUCCAAAUUUAGACAAUUUUCUUUUCGCUUGAAUAGAGUACAUACAUUUCUACGGGUCUGGAUAAGACCCAACACCUUCACUGGAAAACUGGUUCUUCUCCUAGCUUUUAUAACAGGGGUGGUGUUGAUGUGCAAUGGGGUCACAUACAUUUAUGGUGGAAACGGUGCAGAGGAGCCUUACCUAUUAAAUGGUCAUUAUUCACAAUUCACUAUGUUGACAAUGACAUAUGAGGCUCGGCUCUGGAAUUUGAAGAUGUACGUAAAACACUACUCAAGGUGUUCUUCAGUAAGGGAAAUUGUUGUGGUCUGGAACAAAGGUAAAGCUCCUGAACCAAGUGAAUUUGAUUCUGCUGUACCUGUCAGAAUUAGGGUAGAAAAAUUGAACUCACUCAACAAUCGGUUUAAUAUUGAUCCUUUGAUCAAGACUCGUGCUAUUCUCGAGCUUGAUGAUGACAUCAUGAUGACUUGUAAUGACAUAGAGCGUGGUUUUAAAGUAUGGCGAGAGCAUCCAGAUCGGAUUGUAGGAUUCUAUCCACGGCUUGCUGAUGGGAACCCUCUUAAAUAUCGGGCCGAGAAGUAUGCUAGAAAGCAGAAAGGAUAUAACAUGAUUUUAACAGGAGCAGCUUUCAUGGACACCCAGCUUGCUUUUGGUAGGUAUUGGAGUGAAGCCGCCAAGGCAGGAAGGCGAGUGGUGGAUAAAUUUUUUAAUUGCGAAGAUGUUCUGUUGAAUUACUUGUAUGCUAAUGCGAGCUCAUCUGCAACUGUUGAAUAUGUCAAGCCCGCUUGGGCAAUUGAUACUUCUAAGUUUUCCGGUGCUGCCAUUAGUCGAAACACUGAUGUGCAUUACCAGAAAAGGAGUGACUGCCUCUCAAUGUUUUCAGAGUGGUAUGGAAGUUUGUCUAACAGAAAGUCUAAGUUUAACCAGAGAAAGGAUGGCUGGGAUGUAUAGAGUCUGGAUUAGUGUACGUCGGGCAUGAUAUGUCCCUUUCUCCCCACAUGAUGAACAAAAUGGAGGGGUAGAGAGGGAAAAAUUGAAAAAGAAACUUUUUUUUUUUUUUGAGAAAAUUCCCCUCACUGUGAAUUUUUCGAGGGCUUUUUGGUAGCUUGAUAACUUAGCAGGUAAGUGUACAUGGAUUGUCAUUGUUUUGCAAUCUUCUGCUUCUUAAUAUACGUUUAAUUUCGAUUCAUAAAAUUUUCGCUGUAUGUGUUAGCAAAACUCAGAUUUCUCUGCUUUCUUUACCCUUAGUUAUUGACUUAUUGGUAAGCAAUUUUGAAGUACAAUAUUUAAUAUUAUGGGAGCAUCACCAUUGUUUGGUCUA